AGAGGGCUGCACGAUCGAUCUUUCUUCAAUGGCCGAUUGCCAUUCCUGCCGAAUCCUCGUAGUAUUGUUUUGAAAUGCAUUGUUAACAAUUUAGAUAUCAGUGAGAUCUUGCUUGUUUGUUAAUAUUUCCUCUAGAUAUAAUAUUUAAAGGCAUCACAUCUUAAAUGAAAAUCUGGACUUCUGAAUAUACUUUCAAUCACCCAUGGGAGACUGUAGCUCAAGCUGCUUGGAGAAAAUACCCUAAUCCUAUGAACCCAGCUGUCCUAGGAACAGAUGUAGUUGAUCGGAAAGUAAUUGAUGGAAAUCUCCAUACCCAUCGGCUAGUUAGUUCAAAAUGGGGGCUUCCCAAGUGGGUCCAAACGUUAAUAGGACCUGCAAAUAUUUGUUAUGCCAGUGAGCAUUCCAUUGUAAAUCCAAAAACGAAGUCGAUGACAUUGAAAACCACGAAUGUUACAUUUGGUAAGUUUGUUGCAGUCGAUGAGUUAGUUAAAUAUGAACCACACCCUGAAGAAGCUGGUAAAACUCUUUUGAAACAAGAAGCUGUCAUUACUGUGCAAGGUGUUCCACUCAACAGCUAUAUGGAAGACCUUCUUACUUCAACUAUUAUGUUAAAUGCAAAUAAGGGUCGGCAGGCUAUUGAAUGGGUGAUAGACAAAAUAAAUACAGAUGUAAUGGAAAUUAAAGCAAAUGCUGCAGAUGGAUUAAAAAGAUCAAUUGGUGGUAUUACAUCCCAUGCAAGGAAAUCUGUAGAUGAAUUUUCCACGGCAGCAAAAAUAUCUUUUUCUUCUACCUCUACCAAGAUACCUGAAGUGUAGUAUGCAAUGAUCAUAAAUUAUUGGUGCUUUCCUAAUUGUUAAAAUAUAAUGAAAAAUAUGAAGUUCAUUAAAAAAUAAUAUGAUAAAAUGUUGUUAAAUUAUCUAUGAUUGGCUGUAUUUUUUCUUUGAUCUAGUCAAAUAUUUUAACAACUGUUUCCAACUGCAAAUAUUUAAUUUAAGUUAGGAAUUUAUCAAUAUCUCUAUGAAUUUGAUGUAUUCACUUAUAUGAUCUUCGAUGACAUGUCAAUAAAUUUAUAAAGACGUAUUUCAUCAGCUUAUUUAUUUUAACUUUUAUGUCUAAAAAUGUUUUCUUUUAGACGAUGAUACAUGUCCAAUUGGUUGUGAUUCACCAAGGUAUUACAUAUCUAUUCCAUUAACUGUCAUUUAAAUUUUCUUAAUUGUUACUUCAAUCAAAAAAACAAAUUCAAUUACUCAAAUAAUUGUGAUAUAAGUGGCUUCACUCAAAGCUUUAAAUAUUAGGAGUAUAGCAAUGAUAAAUUUGUUUUGUUUUUUUUUUAACCCAAAAAGCCAUGUGAAGUAACAUUCCAAUGAGGACAGACCUAACUUGUAUCAAGUAUAAAACAGAUCGUUGAUUUUUUUUUUUUUUUUUUAAUAAAA